GACUGGUUCAUUGAGGUGAAAAUUUAACUGUGUUCAGGUGUUAUUUUGGUGAAGGUAUCCAUUCAAUCGUUCCUACUUCUGUGUUUUGUGCGACAACUAACUGUCUGUGGCUAGGGGGCGUGUCGAACAUGUGCAUUGUGAGUGUUUGCCUUUGAAAGGGGUCGAGGUUAUCCGUGAGUGAAUAGAUAACAUGUAAUGCUCCAAGUCGUGGCGGUGCAGAUAUGUGGGUUGUGUUUGCCACGCCUGAUCAUCAUGACAGGAAUAUGGCGACCGCCGGGCUAGAGAAGAAAGUAAAGGAUCAUUUCCUGACUUGCUCCAUCUGCUUCGAGAUAUACACAGACCCGUGUACACUGAGGUGUGAUCACACAUUCUGCAGGAAAUGUGUCACCUCAUACAUCCAAACCAGACCUGAUGCUGUACAGUCCAAGACCAUCCCCUGUCCCUGCUGUCGACAAGAUACCAAGGUCCCCAAUCCCAGCAGGCCGGUGGAGGAGUGGGCGAGGCAGAUCAAAGCCAGCAUCAUCAUAAAGGGGCUGAUUGACACCUAUAGGUCCGAGGUAGCUGUGCAAGGGACCUCGAGCACCUGUUGUACGAUCUGUCAGCAACUAGGGGAAACAACUCAGGGGGCCUUGUGGUGUGCUGAGUGUGAAGUGGUCCUCUGUGACAAAUGUGUGAAGAUACACCGGGUGACCCCUACUUUAUUGAACCAUGACCUGUGUGACCUGUCAUCUAGGUCAAAGGUCAAACGGAGGAUCAAGUGUACGGAACACAAGAGUAACCGUGUUGAGUUCCACUGUCAAGACUGUGGGAAGGCUGCCUGUCAGACAUGUUGUAUCAUCUACCACAGAGCUUGUAAGACUGUCGUCACCAUUGAGUCUAUGAAGCCAGGGAUGAAGGCAGCACUGAUGGAGAAGAGACUUGGCAUGGAGAAGAGACUGAAAGUUAGGUCGAAGAAAGUAGACAUACGAAACGAGAAACUCCAAAGUAAUUCUAGAAUCACAGAGUCAGCUGUUCAAAAUAUUAGGUUGAUCUGCCAGACAGCCAUUAACAAGAUUAAACAGAAAGAAACACAACUCUUGGAUGAACUGAAUACCAUAUCACAGACAUACGCCGACCAACUCCGAGCUGAUGUGAAUCUGGAAGAGAUCGAGAUGCAGAUGUACAGACAACAUUGUGAGUUCAUUGACCAUGCCUUGGUAUCGGACUGUGAGAUGGACCUGUAUGACGCGUAUCAGGCCUGGGAGUCUGCAAGCUGUAAAGAUGGAGGAUGUCAGGGAUACAGAGGCAGCAGCCACCGGAGAAUAGAUCACAUCGGGUUUACACCUGACACUGACAACGUCCUGAAGGUCCUCGAUAACCUGCAGUUUGGGGACAUCAACGUCACAUACCAGGACAGUUGUCUGUCAACUCUUGUCCUUGUUGACACGAGAGAUGGGAGGGUGGUGGAUGAUGACAUGCCUGAUCUAUGUGAUAUGAUAGUCCUGGUUGUAGAUGGUGUACAAACAUGUGUUGUUACGGACAUCAAUAACAUGUGCGUGAAAUUUUUUUUCAUAAGAAAUAAUCUUUCAAGGCAUAGUAAGCUUCCCCUGGAUAACUCUCCAAAUGGGAUAACACAGUUGAAUGAGAAGCAGGUGAUGGUUGCUGUCCCAGACUCCCUUCAGAUUGUAACAAUAGAAGUGACCCCUGACCUGGUGCUGCUCUCUACUAUCACAACACGUACGGGUUACUGCAGUCUGGCUGUUCUGAAUCCUUCAUCUCUAGCAGCAGGUGCUUGUGAAUGUGUUGAUAUCCUGGACAUGGCUGGACACGUGUUGAGGUCAGUCACUACAUACAAUGAUGACUCACUGUUUACCUACCCCGACUACAUGUGUGUCAACAACAAGGGCAACAUACUCGUGUCUGACUGGGGGAAGAAGUCUGUGACAUGUCUGACGUCAGAGGGGGAUGUUUUAUGGAGAUACAACCCUAUCGGAGACAAGGCACUCAGCUACCCUCGUGGUAUCACAACAACCACGACAGGAGGCAUCUUGCUUCUACAGAGGGGCAAGGUGAUACAGCUGACAGAGUCGGGAGAGUUUGUAAGGGAACUGCGCACGUUAGAAGAUGGCUUUGAGACAAGCAUGCCCGGUAUAUUUUGUGAUAAAUACGGUUUCUUAUUUCUAUGCACAGUCAAGAAAGUGAAAGAGUACGUGUUUGUCUGACAAAAAUCAAAAGAAUGAAAGUCAGUGCAGAGCUGUGGUUUAUGACAUUCUGUGCAUGGUGUUCGUCUGGAAUUGCUUGUGUCUUCACCAAAACGUAUGGGCACAGCUUUGUCAGUGAAUUGCAGACAUGCAAUAUUCCAAUAGGUCGUUUCCAGCAUGAAGUGAAAUAGUCCACCAGGUGAAAGAUCACCAGCUGUUGUGGAGAUUCCUGGGAUGACCUGAGCUACACAACGACUACUUGAUCUCAACAGUGUGCUGAACCAGCUAAACUUUGAAGAAAUCCCUAAAGGAAAUAUUCCUCUCCGUUAUCCCUAUGAUAGACUAAAGCUAACAUAUAGUCUGGAUAUAUUAUUUGUUUUUCGAAAAACGAAGAACAUUUUGUGUUGGAUAGAAUUGAGGAAUAACGAACCCGGUGCUGGUUAGUUUUUUUGUUACUCAGAAGUGUACAUGUUUCCGUGUAUAUGACCACACCACUGUAUGUGUAUUUAGAAUGAUCUCAUCAUCCGUUCAACAAAGCAUGGGCCCAAACAAAUUCCAAACGAUAUUUCUAGUAUUGAGCGAUGUUUCCUAAAACCAUAUUUAUUUUCUUUCUAAAGUUUAGACUCACUAGUGUAAUAUACUUCCCAUCAAACGUUUAGACUGUUUUAAGUGAGUUUAAACUUUUUGACAGGAAGUAUACAAAUUGAAGUCUUGAGGUCAAGGGUAUACUUUAUCCCUGUUUUCACAUAAUAUACACAGGAGACACUAUAUUGAAAUGUCACCCCAAGCCAAAUUGUUCUCUUUUCAGAUUUUAUUGCUUGUUAGGAAGUAAAAUGAAUGUGCGCAGUUUUUAUUUCUGUCCGUUAGAUGACCCUGAAGAUGAGAAAUUCAUGUGAUAAUAUGGUUGGACAAGGAAAUUUAGUGAGAUUUCAGGUAUUAAAUUAUAUUAUUUCGUAGAGCAAUGCUAACAUUUGAAAUGCCUGACGUCGCGUUUCUAUUUUGUGCACCAAUUUUCACAUUUCCUAUACAUCAGACCAUUAUAUUGCACAUGUAUAUUUCA